GCGUUCCAGCUUUGGGCGUGGUUUGUCCAGUCAGCCGCUCCGUAGCUUCGACUUGAGGAGAAUUGUCCCAGCCGGGAAACUGUAGCGGCAGCAGGAAGCGGAGCCGCGCCCGGAGAGUAGGAGACGGAGACGGGGAUCCGCGGAGAGAGCCACCCGAAGUUGCUGGGAUUAAACGAGCCGCCAGUUAGUGCAUGACGGCAUCCGCCACAACCAUCCAAGAUGGCAGCCAACAAGAACAAGACGCAGAGUUCCCUUGUCUUACACAAAGUGAUCAUGGUCGGUAGUGGAGGAGUCGGCAAGUCUGCGCUCACCCUGCAGUUCAUGUAUGACGAAUUUGUGGAGGAUUAUGAGCCCACGAAGGCCGACAGUUACCGGAAGAAAGUGGUGCUGGACGGGGAGGAGGUGCAGAUAGACAUUCUGGACACAGCCGGCCAGGAGGACUACGCAGCCAUCCGUGACAACUACUUCCGCAGCGGAGAAGGCUUCCUGCUGGUGUUCUCCAUCACGGAGCAGGAGUCCUUCACUGCCACCAGCGAGUUCAGGGAGCAGAUCCUGCGUGUGAAGGCAGAAGAAGACAAGAUUCCUCUUCUGGUUGUGGGGAACAAGUCCGACCUGGAGGACAGGAGGCAGGUCCUUGUGGACAUCGCCCGGAGCAAGGCCGAGGAGUGGGGUGUGCAGUAUGUGGAGACGUCCGCCAAAACAAGAGCCAAUGUAGACAAGGUGUUCUUUGACCUCAUGCGAGAAAUCAGAGCUAAGAAAAUGUCUGAGAACAAGGACAAGAACGGGAAGAAAAGCGGCAAAAGCAAGAAGAGCUUCAAACAGCGAUGCUGUCUACUGUGACCGGGCCGCCAAGGACGCCACCUGUGAAGGGCUGCAGCGAGCGACGCCCCCUGCUCCAAACCCCAUUCUAUGAUUUAUCUUAUUUUUUUUUUCUAAUGCAACAUUUUAGUAUUUAAUUCAGUCAGACUAAGCAGCGAACCCAUCGCCGGACCCUACUGAGCGGGGGAGGGUGGCCUCGUUUCAGCUCCUCGAUGUAUAACUCUGGGGUUUUACUUUCUCUUUAUUUUCUUUUUGCCAAAAGAGAACAAACAGUUUUUUUGUAUGAUGUAAGAAAUUCUAUAUUUCGCUCACAUAAUAUGUAAAUUCUGACAGCCUGUGGUUCGCACGGAAAACCGCGGGUCAUCCGCGUGCUCCAACAGCAGCAUAGUCCUUGUUGUGUCUGAGAAUGGGCAGAAGCUCCUUGUAAGGGGCAGGGAGGCGACAUGAAUUAUGAGGCCCGUAUGUACCCCCAUGUACUACAACUCCUCUCAUCUGUGGGCGUCCCCAGCACCCUGCGGAACGCCCUUCUCUCUUUGUUUCUUAGUCUCAGUUGCCAAAUUUCCUCUUGGUCAAUUUUCUCUACACUUUUCAAAAACCACUAAAAGUUUUGCAAUGAGUAAAGUUGUUCACUCAUGGACGUGCGAGGAGCUGUCCGACCCCGGGAGACGCCUCGUGGAUGUUGGGGAAUGUUGUUCUGACUUGUGUCUUAUACUGUAGUCACAUCCAAAGCUGCAUUCGUUCUUCUGCAGGUUGCCGCUUUGCUGUUAGGCCACGUGAUGUCGCAUUACAGGUUUCACAUUUUGCUUUUUUAAAUUUUCGCAAGGACUUUGGACUAAUGAAAGAUCACGUAGCCGUCAUGUGACGCUGGACUGUCGCAGGGGGCGGGGUUUGUCGCUACGCUCUGAGACCGUCGCCUAAUGUGACAGAUAAACUUUACAUUAAUGUAACAUAAUCAUCCUUAAAGGCACAUCGCCUGCAUUGCGGGUCAGGUCGUUUUCCCUCUGCUUCGGCUGCUUUACUUUUUCUGCCGCUAUGUAGCGCAGCAGAACAACUUCUGCAGAAAACAGAAUUUUAAAUGCAGCUUUGGACGCGACUGGAGUAUAUUGCAAAAAAGUCACACAAAAAAAAUCCGUUUUGCAGAGUUGCUGGGCUGUGGACAUGCAGGGGUUAUUUUCACAGUGACCUUUGACCCUUUAGCGCAUACCGGGUAGCAGGCUUAUAGGGAGGUUUUGUGUAUUUUUGGCCGCUCUCUCUGUGGCUUGUUAAGUAAAUGGUGCAGAGAUUUCUGGCUAUGAUCUGUUUCACCCGGUAGGAUCAUCUGUGGGUGAUAGUUAUCAGGGUCUCAUCCCAUUUAAAGGGCCAGUAACCUACAAGGUGGAGUCGCGGUGAGCAGAAGAUCAGCGUCUCUUCAGGUUUCCACUUGGAAAGAUCCAGAGCAGAUCCAGUCCUAUGCUUAUUUGGGUGCAGCUCAAUGUUCCAUUUAAAGGGGUGCUCCAUCGGGAUUUAAAGGGUUCAUCCAGUCUUGUGUAAAUGAAGCUCAAUCGUGUCUCAUUAGACAUUCUUCAGCUUUAGAGUUGCCAUUUCUCAUGCAUUUCGAUGUCCUUACUCGCUGUGGAGGCUGAAGGUGUGUCCUGAACCUAUAUUUUUAGUACAGCUGAGGGUUUGUCACAUUUGUGUCCAGCCCAGACAAUCUUCUGUGAGCUAAACAUGUCAGCAGCACAAAUCUCUCCUGUCUUGAUGGUUUGUUACAUUGUAUCAGUCUCGAGUCCAGACUUGUUGGAUUGGACACAAUUGUCACAAAGAUGGCAGUUUAGAAUGAGGUUUUUAGAACACUGACAGCAAGCAGAGAUCUUGACAUGGUGCAGACCCUGUCAUUGGAAGAAGUGGAGCACCCCUUUAAGUAAAUAUUCUGUCUUUGAAGCUCUACUUAGGGAUAAGUUGCCCCUCGCUCCUGAGCUCUGUAACAGAACACUAAUUGUAUAAGUUACCCUAAUGCGGGCCCCCUGUGUUGGGGGAGGGGCGACAUGUACCAUUAUAUGAGUAUUAUGAGCAGUAUUACACAGAUGUCCCCACAUUGUGCCAAUCCCUAGAGUCGGUCAGGAAGCGAUGUAGCUGAGCUCUUCAGGGUAUUUUUGAUAGCGAUGAAUUAUAUUAAGGCAGCGCUGCUCAUGUCGGAGGCGGCCAUUGCGAGGAGAGUGACGAGCGCUAAAAACGUCACUGCUUUUGGUUCCAUCCUGUGACAUGGCGGCCUGGGAUUUUCUACACGUGUGUUUGGGGGGGGGAGAUUCCACGUUUUUAUUUUAUUUUUUUUCUCUUCCAUGCUAAUCGCACUGAUUUGUAUUUCUACUGUAUAAUAAUAAAUUGGUACAUUUUACCUUC